AUGGAGCCUCUGAAUUUUACCAGCAGGCGGUCCGUAAACGGGUCCAAGCAUUUGCCUCUGCCUCUGCCUCUGCCUCUGCCUCUGCCUCUGCCUUUGCCGCUGCCACCCUCGACGACGCUUUCCUCCUCCGCCUCGGUCAACGUCAGCGAGAGCAACAGCUCCGAAUCGUCUGCGUCGGUGCUUUCGCUCAACUCCAACAAGUCUCUCAGCCGCGGCGACACCCGCAGCAUCUCCAUCCCGGCUGUCAUUGGCUCCGUCACUAAUACCAAGAGCCGGCAUGCAGAGCCAGGCACAUCCGACAUCCACCCCACGAGAGCCAGCCUGCCCACAAACAACGGCUCAAUUCAGCUAAGGAGCACACGAGCACUUUUGGCACAUUCUCGCCGUCAGCCCGCCACUUCUACCGCUUCCACAGACGACAGUCCUCUACCCAGACCCGACGACGAGUCCUUGAGCGCCCAGCGAACCCGGCUCACCACAAUCAACCCCCAAGCCAGCCCUGUUCUGGUGGCUUCCAGGUCGUCUUGGUCCGAAUCUGAUCCCCGUCGUCUUUCCAACAGCUCGAUAUACUCUCUUGCUUCAGCAAGGGGCCUGAUAAAUUCCGACAAGGGAGCCACUGUACGCUCCGCUUCCGCAAAUCUUAUGGCGACCAAGGGCUCUGGCUCCGGCUCCGGCUCCGGCCUCUCAGAGAGCGGUGUCUCCAAUGUUACCGUCACCACAUCCUCCACACAAGCCACUGGCCCUGCUGGUCCUCAGCUGACACCUCGAGACAUUCACCAGCCGCUGGAUCUUAUGCGACGCAACCAGCGAGCCGAGACAAUGCGCUCGCAGGUGCCAGACCGGUCCCGCAGCAGGGUAAAGCGACGCUUCAGCGGCAGCACUGCCAACAGCAGCCACAGUCCCAGUAGCGACAGGGGUAACCAUCACUACAGAGAAGAAGCGAAACCGGCGCAGUGGGGAGUCAUUGGCAUCUGUGCGCUCGACAUCAAGGCACGCAGCAAGCCGAGCCGCAAUAUCCUAAAUCGCAUCAUUGCCAAUCGAGAAUUCGAUGUUGUGGUAUUUGGCGACAAGGUCAUCCUGGAUGAAGAGGUUGAAAAUUGGCCAAUUUGCGACUAUCUGAUAUCAUUCUAUUCCGACGGAUUCCCGCUCGAAAAGGCAAUUGCCUAUGUCAAGGCCAGGAAGCCAUUCUGCGUCAACGAUGUGCCCAUGCAGCAGAUUCUCUGGGACAGGCGUAUUUGCCUACGUCUACUCGACAAAAUCAAUGUACGCACGCCAAAACGCCUCGAGGUCAGCCGCGACGGCGGCCCUGGCCUGCUUACUCCGGAUGUGACAAAAUACAUUAGAGAGGUCUCCGGGGUCACUCUUGAUCCUGUUGAUCCAACAACUACGUUGAUCCCCAAAAAGGUCGAGCUGAUUGAGGAUGGCGACGCUCUGAGCGUCGACGGUGCUGUGUUGCGAAAGCCAUUCGUUGAAAAACCGACCAGCGCGGAGGACCACAACGUCAUCAUCUACUUUCCAAAGAGUGCCGGUGGUGGUGCGAGAAAGCUAUUCCGCAAGAUUGGCAACAAGAGUUCUGAUUUUGUCGCGGACCUGAAUACGCCUCGCUGCAUCAGCGAACCAGAAAACAGCUACGUUUAUGAAAGCUUUAUGCAAGUCGAUAACGCCGAGGACGUCAAGGCAUACACCGUUGGUCCGACCUUCUGCCACGCCGAGACACGAAAGUCGCCGGUUGUCGAUGGCGUUGUUCGGCGCAACACUCACGGGAAGGAGCUGAGAUACGUCACUGCCUUGAGCACCGAGGAAAGGGACAUGGCGGGCAAAAUUUCAACCGCUUUUGGUCAGCGCGUUUGUGGAUUCGAUCUCCUUCGCGCCGCUGGCAAAAGCUACGUCAUUGAUGUCAAUGGUUGGAGCUUUGUGAAAGACAACGAAGACUACUACGAGCAUUGUGCCAGCAUUUUAAAGGAAAUGUUCAUCAAGGAGAAGCUCAGGCGAGUGUCGCUUACACCUCCUUUACCGUCACCUACCGCCUCAGAUUUUGAUCCCAUGUCAAAGACAACAGCUUCGCUCAAGGAAAGAGAGCUGCAAAAUGCGUUUGCAUCGCAGGACACUACCAUUUCUCCCACCCCAGCUACUGAACCAGAAUCUGAGGAAGCAGCAGCAACGCACUCAAUUACGACCACGCUUCCAACCUCAGACAACGCAUUGGUUUCCGAACUCCAAAACGCCGCGGCAAGCCUAACCCUUCCACCUCCAGCGUCUGAUCCGGUCUUCCCAGCAGCUGCUGGGUCGGCGCCGGGAUCCGUCAAGUCUACAGCAACCACCACUACUCCGGGUCACCAAGCUCCCAUGGACGAGAAUGCACCUGCCGUGCCUCCACCGAAACACUCGUGGAAGCUGAAGGGCAUGGUCUCCGUUAUUCGACACGCCGACAGAACCCCGAAACAGAAGUACAAGUUUACAUUCCACACUGAGCCAUUUAUUGCUCUCUUGAAAGGCCACCAAGAAGAGGUUCUGCUCAUUGGUGAAGCUGCAUUGGCUAGUGUCAUGCAAGCUGUCGACCUCGCAUUUGAACAAGGUAUUGAGGACCGUGGAAAACUAAAAUCCCUCCGGAACGUGCUUGUCAAGAAGGGAAGCUGGGCCGGAACCAAGGUCCAGAUCAAGCCCAUGUUCCGUAAAAAGAAGACAGAUCCAUCGGCGAGAGGUCUCCUGAACGUCAAGGAGGAGGAAGAGAGUGCAGUCCAAGGAGAUUCGGACAACCUGGCGGAGGACGGAACCCGCCGCGUCUCACCACGCAGACAUGAUUCCCUAUCCGGGGUGACCAUGUCCAAGUUUACAGCUGCCGAGGAAAGCCUGGUGCUUGAUAAGCUGCAGCUCGUUAUCAAAUGGGGCGGUGAGCCUACCCAUUCGGCGCGAUAUCAGGCUCAAGAGCUGGGCGAAAACAUGCGCAACGACCUCAUGCUCAUGAACAGGGAUAUCCUGGAUGAAGUACAUGUCUUCAGCAGCUCGGAAAGACGUGUCACGGCGAGUGCCCAAAUUUGGGCGGCGUCUUUUCUAGGGCAAAAGGAAAUCCCCGAAGACUUUAUCACUGUUCGCAAGGAUUUGUUGGAUGAUUCCAACGCCGCCAAGGACGAAACUGACAAGGUGAAAAAGAAGCUAAAGGGCUUGCUGCGCAAGGGCAACGAGCGCCCUGAGCAAUUUGCGUGGCCGGAGAACAUGCCCGAGCCUUCUGAAGUUCAAACAAGAGUGGUGCAGCUGAUGAAUUUUCAUCGGCGCGUGAUGCAGUACAACUAUGGCAAGCUUUACAGUGGAGGAGCAGCUGCUUCUCUGGGUGCUAUUUCCAAUCCCAGCACGGAGAAGCUCAACGGUGAAAGUUCCAGCGCCUCUAUUUCUUCGGCGCUUUCGCAUGCGAAUGCCGUCACCAGCAUUCAGUCCAGAUGGUGCUCGGGUGAAGAUGCCGAACUUUUCCGUGAGCGCUGGGAGAAACUCUUUUCUGAAUUUUGUGAUGGAGAGAAGGUAGACCCUAGCAAGAUCUCGGAGCUUUAUGACACGAUGAAGUUUGAUGCUCUACACAAUCGACAGUUUCUCGAGUGGGUGUUCACUCCUCCAAAGGGUAUGCUGGAAGACGAAUAUGGUGGCAAAGAGCGAUCGAAAGAGGGUGAAGACGGCAAGGACAGCAAGGGUUCCGAGGACGCCAAAGGGGCCAUCUCUGACAACUCUGACAAGUCGGAUCAGAACAACCGUUCUGUGCGCAAGCUAUUUCGCAGACGCUCCUUUAUCAACAGUAUCCGAGGGUCAAAUGACGAAUCACAGCCUGAGCAAUACUUCCGCCUGUAUAAAGGCACGAACCAAACGACAGCAAAACCUGAUCCUCGCUAUGAGCCCCUCCAGGAACUGUACAGGCUGGCAAAGAUUCUUUUCGACUUCAUCUGCCCUCAAGAGUAUGGCAUCUCGGACAGUGAGAAGCUUGAGAUUGGUCUUUUGACAUCGCUGCCCCUGUUGAAGGAGAUUGUUCAGGACCUAGAAGAGAUGCAGGCUUCUAACGACGCCAAAUCUUUCUUCUAUUUCACCAAGGAAUCUCACAUCUACACACUUCUCAACUGUAUCAUCGAAGGCGGGAUUGAGACCAAAAUCAAGCGCAGCACGAUUCCAGAGCUGGAUUAUCUCUCUCAGAUUUGCUUUGAGUUAUACGAGUCGGAGGUGACUCUGGUUGCCGGAAGUGCGGCGGGCGACGAGCCGGCAUUCACCUACAGCAUUCGAAUCACAAUCAGUCCCGGGUGCCACGUCUUUGACCCUCUGCAUGUACAGCUUGAUAGCCGGCACUGCAUCGGGUGCGCUCCGAGGCGUAGUUUGACGGCUCAUCAAGACUGGCUGCAAGUCAUCAAAACUCUGCGAGCAAAGUUCACUCAGGUGAAAUUACCAAAGACAUUCCUGGCAGUUAAUCUGUCAGAGGCAUUUGACUUUGAAGAGAAAGAUACUCUAUGCAUAGAAGAAGCUCCUCUUGAAAUGAAGGCGCCGGCUCUCCGGGAAUCUAUUGUUAUGGACACGACCAACAUGGCUUCUUCUGUCCAAGGCGGCCAAUCUGAAGUUGAGGAUGGGUUUGAAACACCGACGCCAAAGAAGGCCGGUUCCCAGUAUCUAUGA